GUUCAGAGUAUUACCCAAGACUCCUGUGCUAGGUGCCUAGAAAGAUGCAGUACAGUUGACCCUGCUGCCCUCAGUGGUUUGAAAUCCAGUCUGCUUAAACUGUAAAGCUGCUGAAAUGCAGAAGCUGGUUCUGUCCCAUUAUAAGAUACCUUUGGAAAACUCCGCAGUUCUUUUAGACGGGUCUUUAGAGCUUUGUGAGUUUCACUAGGUACCUGCAGUCUUCACUUUGAACUAAGAGUGUAACAUACAUAUCGUAAAGUGCAUGAGUCCUGAGCGUCAUUUCGAUGAAUUUUAUGAAGUCUACAGCUGUCUAACCAAUAUCAGGAACAAGGAUUGCAUGUUUUCAUCAACGCAGGACCCUCCUUCACGCGCCUGACGGUUACUACACACUCCCACAGAAACCUGAGACUGAUUGUCAGUCACAUAGAGGAAUACCUUGAAUCUGUAGUUUUCUGAAGAAUCAAUUCAAGAUAUCCAAAAAGUACAAAAGGAGAAACACAAAUGUCUACCACAAGACGGAAACGUAGUGUGUUAUGUUGUUUACCGUAAGCUGCAGUAAGAUGAGCUCAAGCGUUGACAGAGAUGACAGUAGUAUUUUUGAUGGGUUGGUGGAAGAAGAUGACAAGGACAAAGCAAAAAGAGUAUCUAGAAACAAAUCCGAAAAGAAACGUAGAGAUCAGUUUAAUGUUCUCAUUAAAGAACUGGGAUCCAUGCUUCCUGGUAACGCUAGAAAGAUGGAUAAAUCCACUGUUCUGCAGAAGAGUAUUGAUUUUUUACGAAAACAUAAAGAAAUCACUGCACAGUCAGAUGCUAGUGAAAUCCGACAGGACUGGAAACCUACAUUCCUUAGUAAUGAAGAGUUUACACAAUUAAUGUUAGAGGCUCUUGAUGGUUUUUUUUUAGCAAUCAUGACAGAUGGAAGCAUAAUAUAUGUGUCUGAGAGUGUAACUUCAUUACUUGAGCAUUUACCAUCUGAUCUUGUGGAUCAAAGUAUAUUUAAUUUUAUCCCAGAGGGGGAACAUUCAGAGGUUUAUAAAAUACUCUCUACCCAUCUGCUGGAAAGUGACUCAUUAACUCCUGAGUACUUAAAAUCAAAAAAUCAGUUAGAAUUCUGUUGUCAUAUGCUUCGAGGAACAAUAGACCCAAAAGAACCAUCUACCUAUGAGUAUGUGAGAUUCAUAGGAAAUUUCAAAUCUUUAAAUAGUGUAUCCACUUCAGCACACAAUGGCUUUGAAGGAACUAUACAGCGCACACAUAGGCCUUCCUAUGAAGAUAGAAUUUGUUUUGUAGCUACUGUGAGAUUGGUUACACCGCAGUUCAUCAAGGAAAUGUGUACUGUUGAAGAACCCAAUGAAGAAUUUACAUCUAGGCAUAGUUUAGAAUGGAAGUUUCUGUUUCUGGAUCACAGGGCACCACCCAUAAUAGGAUAUUUGCCAUUUGAAGUUUUGGGAACAUCAGGCUAUGAUUACUAUCAUGUGGAUGACCUAGAAAACUUGGCAAAAUGUCAUGAGCACUUAAUGCAGUAUGGAAAAGGCAAAUCAUGUUACUACAGGUUCCUGACCAAAGGGCAGCAGUGGAUCUGGCUUCAGACCCAUUAUUAUAUCACCUACCACCAGUGGAAUUCAAGGCCGGAGUUUAUUGUUUGUACGCACACUGUAGUAAGUUAUGCAGAAGUUAGGGCUGAAAGACGACGAGAACUUGGCAUUGAAGAAUCUCUCCCGGAGACAGCUGCUGACAAAAGCCAAGACUCUGGUUCUGACAAUCGGAUAAACACAGUCAGCCUCAAAGAAGCACUGGAAAGGUUUGAUCACAGCCCAACCCCUUCUGCUUCCUCCCGGAGUUCCAGAAAAUCAUCUCACACGGCGGUCUCAGACCCUUCCUCAACCCCAACAAAGAUGCCAGCAGAUGCCAGCACUCCUCCCCGGCAGCGCUUGCCCGUCCACGAGAAGACGGCGCAGAGGAGGCCGUCGUUCGGCAGCCAGUCCAUAAAUUCUCAGUCUGUUGGUGCGUCAUUGACACAGCCAGUGAUGUCUCAGCCUGCAAAUUUGCCAAUCCCACAAGGCAUGUCCCAGUUUCAGUUUUCGGCUCAAUUAGGAGCCAUGCAGCAUCUGAAAGACCAGUUGGAGCAAAGGACACGGAUAAUAGAAGCAAAUAUUCACCGGCAACAAGAAGAACUAAGGAAAAUCCAAGAACAGCUUCAGAUGGUCCAUGGCCAAGGGCUGCAGAUGUUUUUGCAACAGUCAAACCCUGGAUUGAAUUUUGGUUCUGUUCAGCUUUCUUCUGGAAAUUCAUCGAACAUCCAGCAAUUGGCCCCUGUGAAUAUGCAAGGCCAGGUUGUUUCUGCUAACCAGAUUCAGAGUGGAAUGAAUCCUGGACACAUAGGCACAACUCAGCACUUGAUACAGCAGCAGACUUUGCAAAGUACAUCAGUGCAGAGUCAAGCCAGUGUCCUGAGUGGGCACAGUCAGCAAACCUCGCUUCCCAGCCAGACGCAGGGUGCGCUGCCAGCCCCGCUCUACAACACCAUGGUGAUCUCCCAGCCUGCGGCCAGCGGCAUGGUCCCGAUCCCGUCGAGUGUGCCGCAGAGCAGCGCCCAGAGUGCCACGGUCACCACCUUCACUCAGGACAGGCAGAUAAGAUUUUCCCAAGGUCAACAACUUGUGACCAAAUUAGUGACGGCCCCGGUGGCGUGCGGGGCGGUGAUGGUGCCCAGCACCAUGCUCAUGGGGCAGGUGGUGACUGCCUAUCCUACUUUCACCGCACAGCAGCCCCAGCCCCAGCCCCCGCCCCAGCCCCCGGCGCUGUCAGUGCCGCCGCCGCCGCCGGGCUCCCAGGAACCGCAGCUCACUCCAGGUCAGCAACCAUCUCAGGCGCAGCUGACACAGCCGCCGCAGCCGUUUUUACAGACUUCCAGGCUGCUGCACGGGAGCCCUUCCGCCCAGCUCAUCCUCUCUGCCGCCUUCCCGCUGCAAGCGAGCGCUUUCCCGCCGUCGCAUCACCAGCAGCACCAGCCGCAGCCGCAGCCGCAGCCGGGGCGGCACAGGACCGACAGCCUGAGCGAUCCCUCCAAGGUGCAGCCGCAGUAGCACACGGCUUCCUCCGACGAGGCGGGAAGGGGCGCGGCCCACAGAGCUGCCCCGGGUGACCGGAGGGUAGCGGUUCCCCGGAUGCAGUACUGAGUGUUGUAGCUCCUGGGUUAGUCAGCAGGGGGUGCUGCCUGAUGCUCCAGACACGGCGGGAGAGGCCCGUGGGGACACAGCCGGUUCUGACCGGGCUUCAGUCGCCCAGAUACUUUGCGAUGGCAAAAGAGUGUAUUGCCAAAUGUUAGAAGGUCAUCGAGGAAGUGACCUCCAGUGAAUCAGAAGGGCACUCAAAGCGCCACUAACUUGGUGGCUCUGUGCCUGUCAGCCGGGGUCACGGAGUCGCUCGCGACGGAGUGUGGAGAUGUCCAGUGGGUGCCGUAGCCGCCAGCCCUUCGCCCCUCGGAUGACGAUGGCGCAGAAGCGCUCUUGGAGUGGUGUGGGUUCAGAUUCUCCGUGCGGAUGGUGUACAGUGGUGUGUGCGUGGGUAACAGAGAGCGAGGACGUUCUGUGUGCUGCCCGGAAGCCCUGUGUCCUCCCUCCAGCCGGGAGUCCCUGUCCUGCGGCCUCCGCCGCUGUUUCCGUUGUUCACCACAGUAGUGUCCCCCUCACCUUCCGGGCACGAGUCUGUCUGUUCCUCGUGUGGUUGUGACGUCAUGGUUUGUUCAGUGAGGUAUGAUGUGCUGCUGGGAGUGGGUAUUUUUUUUCAGGUUAAAUUAUUGAUACGACAGAAUUUCCAAGUUAUUCAGAAAUAUCCCUCAUUUCAUUAUUUUUGAUUAUGUUUGAAAAUAGGAUUUGCACUGCUUUAUUUUAGAUGGUUGGGAGUUUUGAUCACAUAUUUUGAUAUAUUUCAUAGUUGGAAAUAUUUAUGUAAAUGGUUUUCAACAAGCCUGAAAGUAAUUUCAAGAAUGUUUCAGUUAUAGGAGUAAAUUUGCACACAAAGCAUUUUAGGCACUUUCUAACGUUCUCAGUGGUGGGAAUUUAACUUUCAGGAUUUGUUGGAACCUUUUAUUAUCCUUCACGAUUUCAAUGCUUCUUCUAGUCGGAGAUGAUUCAGGGUUAUUUGAGGGAAAAAACCCAUAGUGCCUUGAUCUUCAUUCAGGUGAUGACUCACCACCUUGAGCUCGUCGUCUGGUGUCGGUAGCAGUGUUGAAACCUUGGCACCUUGGCCGCAGCGUGCGGCAGCGGCGGAUGCUCCUCCACCGGGCUCCUCCGGAGACAGCCGGGCUCUGCUGGGUGGGAGGCUCAGAGCGCUGGAGAUGGAGGCGACAGCCUGGCCGGUCACGCUCGCGCCUGCGGGCCCCAGGUGUGGUCCUCGCCCUGCAUCCCCCUCUCAAGCCGAGCUCGCAGCAGCUGUGUGCUCGGAGUGACUGGUGAUCCAACAGAGGAGGAGGGGUGGGCGCCGCUCGCCACCGAGGGUCGUGUCGCAGAUGGGAACCGAGAUGUCAUCUGGCAGUAUCGUAUUUUAAAGGUGAUGAAUUCCAACACAAGCUACAUAUAUUUUAAAAAGAGCAUUUUGUAGAUUUUGUACUUAAAAUGAAAUUUACAACUAUGAAACAGAAGAUUAAUGGAGAAUGCUUUGGACUAUGGAGACUGCUCAGAGGAAAGGACAGACAACAAGGUAGGAAAUCAGCGUUGACCUUAAAGACGGCGUGCAGUGAGCUGAGGUUUCGCGCAGUGAGAGCAGCCUCGCGCGGGCCUGUGGGAGUGCAGGGCCCUGCCCGGGGCCUCCCCGCUGUCCUUGUCUGCAGGAGGGCGCAGCCGGCCCGUGAAGUUGGGAACGGCCAUGCUGACAGGAAGACAACCAAAGAGCGCUGGCACCUACCCUCCUGGAAGCAGGCUGGCCAGCGGGGCGCCCAAGACAGGUGCUGCUGCUGUGCUCCGCGGCGCCGCAGGGGCUCUCCCCGUCGUACCCACGCCUUGCCCGACCGCCCACCGUUCCAUGGUGUCUGACCCCUCCCUCCUGGACCUACUGCAGGGCGCAGCCGAGGAAGCUGGCAGCCCCAUGCGAGGCCUGCCCGGGCCCCCGCCCGCCGCCGGCCCCGCUCACCACCUCCUGCCCCGGCCCCGGGAGCGUUUUCCUCUCCGCAGAUGACUGGGAAGAAAAGAUUGGCCUCUACGGUUCCUAGCACGCCCUUCCCCUGCGUGGAGUGCUGAGUGGGAGGGAGCAGCCGCUGCUGCCCGCGCCGUGGGCCGGGGCUGGGGCUGGCAGAGCCGCCUUCUGCAGCCUCCCCCUGUGCCACCCCCCCCAGACCUGUGCGCCCUCGCCUGUUCCCCAAUCAUUUCUGUAGCCAAAGUUGGUUGUUCAAAUCCCAAACCGAAGUCACGAGAAGAUACCAAAUAGACACCACCGUGCAGCUUCUAACAUCCUCUGCCUGGCUCCCGGCUCCCACAGGUGUUCGGUUUUUUUAGGAUGCGCUGCUCUGCUCUGGGCAGCACGUUUCCGCCAGUUGCUGCCCGGGGUGGUGCCAGCCCAGCAGGCAGGCCCUGGAAAUGCUGCGUGGUGGGGAGGGGGCAAGACUGCCGCUCCGGGGUGACAGAGUGCUGUUCUCUACUCACUUGAGUGUGGCUUAGGAAUGUACUAGAAAUACAAGGAUGCCAGUGGUUGCGUGUAGUUAGCGUGCUCGGUGUGGAAGCGUGCACACGGCCGCGCCCCAGGGGGUGGCAGCCUUGGCCGCAAAGCCUUAGCAGGGGACCCGGACCCUUGUCGCCCGCACACGGGGAGACUCCUUGUAGACUGGCUGUCAUAAAGCAUUUCCACUAGUUGAGAAGAAAUUGGGGAGCUGGGCGCAGACAGCACUGGACUUGUACCCCUCCUCUUCUGUUUCUCUGCUCAUUGCCAGUCUGAUGAACAUUUGUGUCGAACUCGUUCAAGUCUAGCCUGCCCAGCACGGCCCCGGGGUCUGUGUCGGGGCCGCAAACACUGGAUGCUGCUGUUGCUGAGGGCGCUGGCCGGGGCGUGGAGCCAAGGGGCAGCAGGCAGGGACGGUCAGGGUGGGCGGGCGAGCCUUGUACACGGAGCUUCUGAAGUAAUUGCAAAGGAAAAGAGUUGACUAUUUUUAUAGCAUAUUUAAUAUAUUUGUAUAUAACUAGAAGUACGGGGACCCCUCCUCCCCAGGCCCCCCUUUCCCCCGUCUCCCCCCGCUGUAGCACUCUAGAGCCGCCUCCACAUGGGUACCGUGCCUAUUGUCUGCCUACCAAAACAGUGCUGCUGUGUGAGACGGCGAGGGGCCGGCCUCGGCCGGGGGAGCCUUUCUGGAAGAGCACACGCCGAGGACGGGCCGCAGGCCGCACGCAUUCUGGGACGGAACAAGCACUUUAUUGCAAUGAUCCGUUUUGAUAGGGUUUUUCUGAGGUAUUAACCGCUUCUAAAGGAUCCCCAGCUCAUCACUUAGGUGGAGCUAGAAGCCGACCAUUUCUGAGAGGUGUCUGGGCCGUGAGCCACAGUGGGUCUGUGGCAGCGACUCGAGGAAGCCAAGUGAGCAUUCGGCUUGCGUUCGUCCACGUCAACACUAUCACCAGCCCCGGCCAUGGCCCGGGCCCCGGGCCCGGAGAGACCACUGAGCCGGUCUCUUCAGAGGGCUGGGAGCAGCACACGCGUGCACGUGUACAAGGACGUGCCCAGCUCACCUGCAGGCGGGAUUCCUGAGUGCGUCAGGUGUGCCCUGAAAUGUUGGCAUGUCAUUUCAGCGUUGCCAUUUGAAUUGCUCUUGUGAUAUUUUUGCACAAAAAGGACUGAAAAGAAAUAACUUUGGGUUGAAGGAAAAAAGUGGAAUCUGGUCUUAUUUUCCUGUCUCCUGUGGAACCACUGGGGAAGAGUUUUGUUGGUAUGGUUAUGAAUUCGGGAUAUUUAAAACAGUGUUGAACAGCUCACAAGAAAUGAAACAAAGUUGGGUAUUUAAAAAUUAAAAUCCGUGCUUUCCACGUGACUGUCUGCAGAGUCUUUGUCCCCUGCCGUUAACAGCGCCACCGCCGUUUCUCUGCAGUGAGACGCCGUCGUGGGCUCUGCGUAGCCGACCAUGGUUGGCUGCAGCUGCCCGUGGUUUCCCAGGGACGUGUUCUUUGGUAUGGCAGGGUGAAGUCAGCCCCAUCACCAGCAAACACCAAGGUGCUGCGCCGAGCGACAAUCAGCAUAGCGAGUACUUGUGCGCCAACUCUGAAGGGGCUGGAAGCAGCAGUCCUCUGGGUUUCUUGGAUAACAAUGGCUAAAUGUAUUUAUUUAUCUUUUUGUUCGGUUUGCUCAUCAGAGUGAUUUGAGUGUCAUAUUUUGUGGAGUGCGUUAUGUUUGCACUGUUACCCUCGGGGUGCAGUCCCCGGCCCCCAGCCUGACUGCUUGUGGGCAGUCCUGUAAGAACGGUGACUCCCUUCUGGUCUGCUCCUGACGGCCCCAACCUUUAUCUCCUUCACCUGCUGCCUUGUGUAUCUGUAGGGUUACUUCCCCAACACAGCCAAAGGUGUGCCCCUGCCCUAUGGUGCUGACUCCAGGAGACGCUAGUUAAGCGGUCCUCGCCGUGCUGAAGUCCUUAAACACAGGUGAACACUGUCCACGCUGAGGACUGCGGACACAACACGUCUGCUCUCUCCACCUAUUCAGAAACAAAGCAAGCCUCUGACCACAGCACCGUCCAGCGCAGCAGUGCGUGGCCACGCACGCCCCUCCUUGCCCACAGGCAGGGCUUGUGCAAGCUAGGGCAGCUCCCGGGGACCCCUAAGGGAUGGUCACUAGAGCAGCUUGGCCACAGGUCGAGUCAGUGAUAGAGAAAGAAUGAGCGCAGAGGGUUGAGUCGCUGCUCGAUUGCUGAGGGACACUGACGCUGCUGUGACGGUGCUUGUGUGUGUGUGUGUGUGUGUGUGUGUGUGAAGUUGGGCUGUACGGUACACGUUCUCUGCUGGCAAUGGUUGUACCAGUACGAAGUUAAAAUGCAGGAAAAGCCGUUAUCUUCAUAUUGCUGUACUACACAAACAGACAAUCAUUUUCAAGCAAAAA